CAACAGCUCACAAUGCAUCCGUGGCCUGCAGCCGCGUCGUGGCUGCUUUUUCUGGCAGCCAAUGGCACCACGAAGCUCGACUGUUUCUGCACGCACGUCGCCGACGUCUAUUACCAGGGCGGUGGUCUACGCUUUCAGACUGAUGGCGAAGAAAACUUAUGGUUGACCUACUGUGUAUAUCCGAGAGCUUACAAGCUGGAGGCGACGUGCGAGAACGUGGAGCGGCUGUCGGCGGCGGCUCCGGCCGUGGCGCGCCUGCUGCAGCUGCAGAGCCCCGCGGAGGAGAGGGAGAGGGGCUGCGCCGGCGCUCUGGAGCAGGUCCGCGAGUUCUCUGAGGGGGCGGCAGACGAGUUCUCCGUCCAGCAGUGGUGCCUCAUCGCAGACCACCUGGCCGGCUCCUGCUCUGUGCUGGGGUUGGACGAUACGGAUUGGAACGAAGAAACACUGGCAACGGAUCACCUGAGGCGUCCUGUUCUCUCGCAGUUACUACGCGCUCUUCGCCAAAUCAUGAAAGCUGUAAGUGCCAGGAGAGGAUGUGCCGACCAGCACGACUGGAAUUUUCGUCAGCGGCACCUGAAUAAAAGUGAAUUCGAGGCUGAUUACUCGGUCUACCUGGAGCACCUGGCAAACUACACGAAGGACAUUGCGCACCUGAUCUCACUUGGUGUGACGCAUACCUCACAAGUGUUCGUUCCCCUCGCAUUCGAACACAUGGGUAUUCACCCAAAUGAUCAGCGACUCCAUGGAUGGAUCAAGGACGUGCGACGCGUGAGAGACAUGCUACACACGAAAUUAAGAGGUUGGGUACACGAUAUGCAAUCCGUCAGCGAGCAGAUGAUGAACUACAAGAUAGAAGAAGACAAGAACAGUUCUGGGAUCUAUCUAAUAAGGCGGCCGCUGUUGAAUCAUCGGCUACUGGCAUAUCAAACGCAGUUCCUGUCCUUUCAUGACGACUUUAGUGCGCUAUGCGAGGAGCAACAUCCAAAGGCAUCAGAGAUGUUCGGUCUCGCCAACGCACUGUACUCCCUCUAUCGUAACAGCUGGACUGAAACGGCACGAAUCUUUAACGAAAACAAUUCAUCUUAUUUCUACAUUGUAGACGAGGAGUGGCAGCUGAAGGACAGAAGCAACGCUACGCUUUCCGUGGACACUGGCUGCCUGCAGUUGUUGGCCGACGCCCUGGACCACCCCACGUGUCCGCUGGAAGACCUGCCACCGGAGACCAUCGAGCAGCGCGAGCAGUGCCGCGUCCAGCUGUGGGAUGACAUGGUGCAGAGGCUACCCCACAUACCCGUCACCAGCUACCUGGCCUACACGCAGAGGGCGAACGUCAAUCUCUGCCUGUUGGCCUGGAUGAGUGUCAACUCGUUCAGCAGCUAUUCUAUUAUUGAAGUGUCGCGAUUUUUCCUUCCAUAA